CAGCUCUACAUCUCGUUCAAUAGCGAGAAGUUUUAGUUUGAUUUCGAAAACAAGUUUCAUUAUCUCGUUGUUCUUUGUUCUUCAUCGUCGAAAAUGUCGUGCUGUGGUGGAAACUGUGGAUGCGGCUCUGCCUGCAAGUGCGGAAACGGCUGCGGAGGUUGCAAGAUGUUCCCUGACAUGAGCUUCUCUGAGACAACCGCAACUAUCGAGACCUUCGUCGUCGGCCUCGCUCCUCAGAAGAUGUCCUUCGAGGUUGCAGAGAUGGGAGCCGAGAACGGCUGCAAAUGCGGUGACAACUGCACCUGCGAUCCAUGCAACUGUAAAUGAGCAAUAGCUCAAAUCCUUGCGACCUGAGAUGUCUUCGAGUACUUAAGUAUGAUCAUAAUAACAAUUAUCAAAUCUUCCAGUGUUUUCCUUCCGUCGUUGCGUCUUUGAGAGUCGAUUGAAGUGUUCCUUUUAAAUAAUAGCAGUCGUUAAGUUGUGGAAAAACUGAUAUGCUGUUAUGGCGCACGGAUCUUGUUAUCCAAGGAUGCCUGUGUUUAUCCAUGUCUGUUUAACGUUUGCUUUUCUCUGUGUAAAGAAGCGGUAUGUGCUAAUUUAUGUGUAACAGAGUUUGUUCUUGUUAUCCAUGUCUAUUGUUGAAAAUCCA